CAGAGCAUGUUUUGUAAUACAGUGAUUAUUAGUUAAUGCAAAUUGUAUUAGUUUCCAAUAAAACAUUUCAAGUUUUCUAACAUUAUUAGAGUUGAACCUACCAAUAAAACCUAGCACAGUUUUUAACAUUAUUAGUUUCCAUGCUCUACAUUGAUUAAAAAGCAAAUCACAAGUGAGUUUAACAUCAUAUUUUCACUCAAAACUUUAAAGUAUUGAUUGUAUGAGUCGUUCCACUUAUAAAGCGUUCAACACACUUUUUUUCCAAUGUAAGAGUUGAAUCUAGUGCUACCAUAGUACCAUGUGUCCAAUUCAGAAGAGUGCUACGUGUUCCUUCCCCUCCAUGCAGAAUGCCAACGUUGCAGACCUUGACAACCUUGUUGGCUGUUGCCCGCCAUUAAAGACAUUGACUAACUCCUCUCUUUGUCUUAUUAUCUUUAUCUGUCUCACUUUUCCUUUUUCUCACAUAGAAGGCAGAGAGCUCUCACUCAACAACAGAAACCAACCAUGGAUUUCAUUCAUGGCAUCUUGAACGUUCUAGUUCCCCCUAUAGGCCUAACUUUUCUUCUCUGCAUUUUACCAUCUUAUCUGUUAUUCAAGAUUAUCUACUUCAUUGUGAAAUCAGUGUUUAGUGAGAACGUAGCAGGAAAAGUAAUUCUGAUCACUGGUGCUUCCUCUGGCAUAGGCGAGCAUCUAGCAUAUGAGUAUGGUAGAAGAGGGGCGUGUUUGGCUCUUGUUGCUAGAAGAGAGAAUCGAUUAAAGGAGGUUGCUUGCAAAGCCAAGUCUCUCGGAUCCCCUGAAGUUAUCACCAUCCCUGCAGAUGUUUCAAUAGUACAAGACUGCAAAAGAUUCGUUGAUUUAACAUUCAACCACUUUGGACGAUUGGAUCACCUGGUGAACAAUGCAGGAAUAGUUCCUGUCUGCUUGUUUGAAGACACUACUGAUAUCACUAAUUUUGCUCCUGCAAUGGACAUUAACUUCUGGGGUUCUGCCUACUGCACUUAUUUUUCAAUCCCAUACCUGAGACAAUGCAAAGGUAAGAUCAUAGCUAUAGCUUCCUCAGCUGGAUGGCUUCCGGCGCCAAGAAUGAUGUUCUACAAUGCAAGCAAAGCAGCAGUGAUCAGCUUAUAUGAGACUCUGAGAACCGAACUGGGAGGGGACAUAGGAAUUACUAUAGUCACCCCGGGGUUGGUUGAGUCAGAAAUGACCCAAGGGAAGUUCCUAUCCAAGGAAGGACGAAUGGUUCUUGACCAAGAAAUGAGAGAUGUUCAAGUUAGUUUGAUGCCUAUAAGAUCAGUGACAGAAGCUGCCAGAGGAAUUGUGAAUAGUGCUUGCCGUGGAGACUCUUUCUUGGCAGAACCAGCAUGGAUUAAGACAACAUUCUAUUGGAAGGCAUUUUGCCCUGAAGUGUUGGAGAUUUUGAACCGAUGGCUGCUAAUCUCAGGGUCUUCAGAGAGGGAUACAAUUAGCAAGAAGCUCGUUGAUCUAUCAGGAUUAAAGAAGUACAUGUAUCCUGAGUCAAUCAGAAAUCCCAAGCUGAAACCCAACAAACCAACAAUAGUGUGUUUGAAAACUAGGUCAUACCAUGUUGUAUAAAGUGUUUUUUUUUAAAUAAUAUCUAAUGACAAGCUACUACUGCAACAACAAAAAUCUUGUAUGAAGUGUUUCUGAAUCAGAAACCUGGCCGUCCUAAAAGUGGCAAUGUAAUUGGUCAGAAAACAGUGUUCAA